GUGUCAGGUUGGCGUGCGAAACGGUGCAGAUAAAGAGAGAAGGUCAUGGUCGUGGCUCUGGCCCCCUGAUACAAGGGAGAGAGAGAGAGAGAGAGAGAGACUUUAGGAGAGUUUUCUGAUUCCGAUUUUUUUUGGUGAAGCGAUUCCAAUGCUCUCAUUCGUUUGUGAAAAUUCUUAACGAGAUAUUUCGAUGUCAUCUCUCUCUGUCUCUGCUUUUUUUUGAAGGGGGCUGCUGCUGCUGAUUCCAAAGACAACGAACAUUCUUAGCUUAAGGAGCUCUCUGAUUCUUGGCUGAGUUGAUUUUUAGCUGAAGGAACUCUUUUGGGUGAGGUCUUUUUGUGGGUGUUUGAUGGUAAUUCAGUGAAGGAAUGUGGAUUCCAGUGUUUGGGACUUGAAGCUGCAGAUCAUGCAUCUUUAGUGGCUGUUGUUUAAAUACAAAGCAAAGUAAAAAAGAAGAAAGAAAAAAAAAGAAUUCAGAGCAAAUGCAUAAACAAAUGCUGUAAGGCGGUGUUGUCAGUUUUGUGCUUGUGGGGUUCUUCGAUUUUUGCAUUUGUUUAGUCCAAACGGUCUGAUGGCUAUGUCUCCUUGGCUGACCAUUUAUGUGUGGACUCCGUGGGCCCUGCUGCAGGCCGAGGAAACAAGCUAACUCUUACCAUUGAAGAAAGGGGCUUUUAAAUUCGGACCCAUUUGAUCUUUCUGAGAAUUUCUGCACCCGUUUGAUAAAAAAGAUUCUGUCAUUGAAAAGAAGAGUGUUUUAAAUUCGGAUCCCCAUCUCUGCUAGAUCGAAAAGAUUCGGUCUUUGCAUACGUUGAACGCUGAAGGUCAAUUUUCUUUAGGAGUACCAUUUGGGUUUUCCUCUUGAUAUUUUUUAUUGCCAUUUCCGGGGGAGUUAUCAUAUUUCAGGCAUGUUCGUUAGCCAGUGGUGUGAUUGAUUUGGUGAUUCUCUGAGAGGUGAAGUCGUGGUUUGGAGCGGCAGGGGAGAAGAGAAUUGGAUCUUUUCUUUCCUGCUGUAAUGAAGUUUAUGAAACUUGGAUCGAAGCCAGAUUCAUUUCAGACCGAUGGGAACUAUGUCAGGCUAUCCCAUUAGUGUGCGUAUGGGUGAGGAAGAGAAGGAAGAACUAAAGCCUCAAUCAUAUUCUUCAGGGGCCAUUAAUGAAGUCAACUGGUAUGUGGCAACUGAGUUGGCCACCGACAUUGUUGUUAAUGUAGGAGACAUCAAAUUCUAUCUACACAAGUUUCCCCUUCUGUCCAAGAGUGCACGCUUGCAGAAGUUGGUUGCAGCUACAAGUGAUGAAAACGAUGAUGAAAUCCACAUCCCCGACAUUCCCGGUGGUCCGUCUGCCUUCGAAAUAUGUGCCAAAUUCUGUUAUGGCAUGACAGUCACCCUUAAUGCAUACAAUGUGAUCGCAGCUCGAUGUGCGGCUGAGUACCUAGAAAUGCAUGAGACGGUUGAGAAAGGGAACCUCAUCUAUAAAAUCGAAGUCUUCCUCAACUCUAGCAUCUUCCGCAGCUGGAAAGACUCGAUCAUUGUCCUUCAGACAACAAAGUCUCUGAUGCCAUGGUGUGAAGAAUUGAAGUUGGUGGGCCGCUGCAUCGAUUGCAUCACAUCUAAGGCCUCCAUCGAUACGUCCAAAGUCGACUGGUCUUACACCUAUAACCGAAAAAAGCUUACAUCGGAGAAUGGCAUUGAACCACAAUGGAACGGUGUUAGAAAACAGCAAUUGGUGCCAAAAGACUGGUGGGUUGAGGACCUGUGUGAGCUCGAAAUUGAAUCCUACAAGCGGGUUAUAACCUCCAUCAAAACCAAGGGAAGAAUUACGAGUGAAGUGAUUGGGGAAGCUCUAAGAGCUUAUGCAUCGAGAAGGCUCCCAGGCUUCGGCAAGGGAUCAAUUCAAGGUGGUGAUACCGGAAAAAACCGGUCAUUGUUAGAGACCAUUGUCUGGUUAUUGCCUAUAGAGGCUGGGAGUGUUCCAUGUAGUUUUCUUCUGAAGCUGUUAAAGGCAGCGAGCUUGUUGGAUUCAAGUGAAAUGGCAAAGAGAGAGCUGGUGAGGAGAAUAGGCCGACAGUUAGAAGCAGCUUUGGUGGCUGAUCUUUUGAUUCCGGGACCUGCAGGGGAGACUACAAUGUAUGAUGUCGAUGUGGUUCAAAGCAUCGUGGAGGAGUUUGUGAUGCAAGAGCGGAGUGCUGGAACAGGCCCGACAGUGGAGGGGGAGGUGGAGGAGAUUCGGAGCCCUGCAACUGUAUCAAGUGCUUCCAAGCUUGCAGUGGCAAAACUGGUAGACGGGUACCUUGCUGAAAUUGCAAGGGACCCAAAUCUUCCUCCGUCAAAGUUCAUUGAUCUUGCGGAAAUGGUGUCAAGUGAUGCACGGCCUGCUCAUGACGGUCUUUAUCGUGCCAUUGACAUGUAUCUAAAGGAGCACACUGGACUCAGCAAGAGUGAGAAGAAGCGGAUAUGCAGACUGAUGGACUGCAAGAAGCUGUCAAUGGACGCAUGCAUGCAUGCUGCACAAAAUGAGCGGCUACCGUUACGGACGGUAGUCCAGGUCCUAUACUUUGAGCAGGUGAGGGCUGCCACUUCAUCUGCAAGCGGCACUCCCGACCUCCCUGGGAACAUCCGGGUCCUACACCCGGGGGAGAAUGGUGGGUCACAUGGGAGCUCAAGAUCGGCAACGACAAACACGGAGGAGGAUUGGGAAGUAGCCCGGGAGGAGUUCAAGUCGAUGCACUUGGUAGGCGACCAGAACAGCAGUGAUAUUAGUAAAAGCAGUGACGACAAGGGCAGCGGCAAAAUGAAAGGCGGAAUCUUCAGGUCAAAGAAGAUCUUGAGCAAGCUGUGGUCGAGCAAAAGUGGGCAGGGCGAGAACAGCAGCUCUGAUACGUCUGAGAGCCCGGGAUCGAGUUCGGCCAACCCAGAGGAGAUGAAGAGCACUCCCUCUAGAAACAGGAGGCAUUCAGUCUCUUAAUAGCAAGGGUUUAAAACUCUGAUUUAGGAAUGCGACUUGUUGUGGGGACAAAACCGUUAUGACUUGUCCAAUUUCCAGUGACUCGGUUCAUACUUGGCAGAACUGAGUUAGACUCGGAUGAGCCUACGCCGACAUGAAUUCAAAGUGGGUUAAUUCCUUGCACAGUAGGGUAGUAGGAAGAGAAGUAAGCACUGCUGACAUCUUCAGGUUAUAACAUGGGAUCAAUGCAGGGAGUUUUAACAGGUGGAGAAAGGAUAAGAUGUUUUUCAUUUUUUUGUUAUGAUGGUGAUGAUGGUGUUGGCCCAGUUUUGAUGUACCAUAAGAAACAGAGGAAAUGCUAUGUUUGGUUGGUUUUAUUUUUGGUAAAUGCAGAAGCUUUGAUGAUUCACGUCUUUCGCUCA